AUGUCGACCAUGAACAACGACGCAAACGGUUCAACUCUUGAUGACGAGCUCGAGCUGAAUGACGCCGACCUGAAAUCUCUAUUGCUGUAUGACCGACAGCAAUUGGCCAUCGCUGCUAUCAAACGUGGCACAUCGCAGCGCGAAGCCUGUGCAUUAUAUCGUGUCAACCGUGCUACUGUCGCAAACCGAAUAAAGGGCAUGCCGACUCGGGAACAAGCACACGUAAAGGAGCGCGCUGUCAGUCCGGCACAGGAAGAGAUUUUCGUCGAGUUCAUCAAGGUCUGUGAUUGUUGUUUCUACAGUGAAUGUGAAUUGAAGAGUUCCAAGGUUCUUGGCCAUCGAGGAAUCCCACUAACGGUCGAGAUGAUUAAUGCGUAUGCUGGUCAGAUUGCUGGCAAAGAACUAGGCAAGACCUGGGGUCGUCGCUUCUUGGUCAGGCAUAAAGAUGCAUUGAAGGUCAAGAACGCCGCCAGUCUUGAAGAGUGCCGUGCCAAGUCGCUUACUAGACCGGUUGUUCACAAGUACUUCGAGAUGUUGUCGAGGGUGAUCCAGGAGUUCAAUAUCAAACCGAAGCACAUUUACAAUAUGGACGAGAAGGGUAUUCAACUGGGGAUGGCUGGCCGUCUUCAAGUCGUUGUAGAUCGGGACCAGAGGAAUGUCCAAGCAAUUGCGAAUGGGAAUCGUGAGCUUGUCACAAUUAUCGAAUGUGUCAGCGCGGACGGAGAGGUCCUCUGUCCUUCGGUUGUGUUCCAAGGACUGCGACGGGACAACAGAUGGGGCGCAAACAACCCGUGCAAUGCUAGCAUCUCACUUUCACCAAACGGAUGGACGGAUCAAGAACUCGGCACACUUUGGCUGAAGAAAGACUUUGACCCACAAUCAGCCGCUCGUUUGGACAAUCCCAAUGACUAUCGCCUCCUUAUUCUCGAUGGUCACAACAGCCAUUGCACCUACACCUUCGUCUCAUAUGCCAAGGAUCAUAAAAUCAUCAUCAUCUGCUUACCGGCUCAUACAACACACGCGCUACAACCCUGUGAUGUUGGUAUCUUCGGUCCACUUGCGACAUAUUGGAAAAAGCAAGUCAUUGAGCAAACCGCCACUGGAGUUGUCAUUGACAAGUGUAAUCUGCUCUAUAACUAUCAUCAAGCCAGAACACGCGCAUUCAAAAAAGCAACAAUCCUCAACGCAUUUCGCAAAUGCGGAAUCCACCCCCUAGACGAGAAUGCAAUCCCAGGAAUACUCUUCGCGCCAUCCAAAAACUAUACCACCCAAGACGCAUCAAUCUUCGAACUGAGAGUGCCAGCCCUCCUUGUCCCAGUCGAAGCGCCUGCAGCAACACCCGUGGUAGAAUCGACUGUGGAGUCUGGGGUGGAUGCAGACCGCACCACGGUUAGCGCUGAUGGUGUUCCAAUGGAAGAGGCAUUCAACAAUGCGCACUUGAUGAACAGCGAGACUGAGGACAUCCGCGAUGCUGCUCCCAGUGGCGCAUCCACUUCUGGCGCUUCGACUCCACCCACUGCACUCGAGACAUCAUCCAGCUCUAGCACAGUGACCGUUGGCGCUACGGCGCAGUCAGCUCUUUCCGAUGCUCUCGAAUUGUCACCUAUCGUGUUCGGCAGAGCCGACAACAGUGGCUCUGCAACAGUCACAUGUUCACAAACAAGGCUCAUUCCGUCAUCUGCCACGAGAGAGCCAUCGACCGCUACAUCGAUUGGAGACCCAGACCGUCCUCAUUCGCUCUACAAGAUUGAGCUCCCUCCCAGGCUCCCAUCCAACGCUUCGAGAGCUCGCGUCGAAGUCCAGAACGAGCAACUGCGCGGAAUGUUAGAGGAGGCAGCAAUCGAAUUGGAGAAGAAUCAUGCCCAGAUUGUCUUGAUGGCAAGGGAGCAUCAGCGCGUCCGACAACAGCUUCUCAGCAAGAAGAAGAAAGAUCGAAGAGCAUACAACACCGGAGCUCCGAGACUGAUGACAGGCAAUGAGAUGUUAGAAGCGCUCUUGCAUGACGACCACAAGAAAGCAAUGUCUGAGCUCCAUCAGGGCAUGAAGAAGAAGCUGGCAGAAGUACGAAAGGCGCUCACCGCAUAUGAAAAUGAAGCGCAGGCGGCAGCAAAGGCGACUGAGAAGGAAUUGGAGAAAACAAGGAAGGCCGCAGAGAAAGCAGCAAAGGUGGCGAAGAAAGCAGCGGAGAAGGCAGCGAAGGCGGCUGAGAGAUCAGCCAAGAAGGCGGAGAAAGCAGCGGAGAGAGGAGCCAAGAAGGCAGAGAAAGCAGCGGAGAGAGCAGCUAGUCAAGGUCGAGGUCGAGGUCGAGGCCGUGGCAGUCGAGGUCGAGGCCGUGGCGGUCGAGGCCGUGGUAACCGUGGUCGGGGCGGGCAUGUAGCUCUUGAGACGGAGGCGGCAGAAGAAGAGAUGGAGAGUAGUGGAGAGGAGAGCGAUGACAUCGAUGUGGAGAGUGAGGACGUGAUCGAGGACAAGAGCGAGGACGAGAAGAGCGAGGAUCAGGAGAGUGAGGACGAAGGCGAGGAGUUUGAGGAUGAGGAGAGCGAGGGUGAGAGUGAUGCGGAAGAAAGAGGUAAAGAAGGCAAGGGAGGGAGCAAUGUCGAAAACAGCACCACAUUGGGCUCUGUGGAUGCUACGACAGCUGCAGCCUCACCAGAGGAUGUUUUCGUUGGUAUUCCAACAGGAAAUGACUCUGAUACUGACAACUCGACGCACUGGCAUGCAGAGGACACGAAGGAGGAUGAGGUGCAGGACGAGGAAGAGACGGGGAUUGUGGCUGUAAACGGGCACCGGUGGUUCAAGCGGAAGCAUCUCCAGCUUCUCAUUCUCUGGAACGACGACGAUGCAACCUGGGAGCCACUCUCCAACGUUGACGACUGCACAGCAAUGGAUGAAUAUCUUCAGCGCCACUCUCUUGAGGACCCUCUCCUGCUGCCAAGACGCAAAUUCUUGAUAGACGCGACGGUCAAGGCCUCUAACGAGUAA